GAUGAAAAACAGAGAAUUGAGGAUCUUGGUGGCUGCAUCACCUUCAUGGGUUGCUGGCGUGUUAAUGGAACAUAUGCUGUAUCCAGAGCUAUAGGUGACUUUGACCAGAAGCCCUAUGUCUCUGGAGAUGCUGACUGCUCAACAACCCAGCUGUUCGGGGAUGAGGACUAUGUGUUGCUGGCGUGUGAUGGCUUCUUUGAUGCAGUCAAACCUUCAGAGGUGCCACAUCUGGUCCUGAAUGCACUCCAACAGGCUGGUGACCCCGAGGGCGGGGAAGACGCUCCACUGGAACGGUCUGAGGAUGCUAUUGGACUGAGAGUCGCUCAACAGUUGGUAGGUCACGCUAAGGCAGCUGGUUCCAGUGAUAACAUCACAGUGAUGCUGGUGUUCCUGCGUCCACCAGAGCAGCUGCUAGUUGAAGACUCCACCCCAGUAACUGUAAAAACUACUCAGGACUCCACUUCUCAAGAUGCACCACAGCAGUAA